AUGUCCGAUCCAUUCAACGUACCGCUGACACCACCAGCAAGACAAAGGAGUUCUAGAAACAGUUUGCAUGUCAACCUCCAACCUCCUACAAUAAACGAAACAAAUACAUCUUCACCAUUCAGCUUGAACCUGAACCUGAACCUGAACCUGAACCUGAAUUUGGACUUGGACUUGAAAACACCACUUAGAUCAAAUGCUGGAUUAUUGACACCUACGACAACAACAAAAAGGAAACAACUGGUUACUCGCACCUCCUUACAUCCUCCUACAUCUGCUGCUGCUGCUGCUUCUACUUCAUCAUCUUCUUACUCGUCGUCAUUGCCAUUUUCGCUGAAUGCUUCAGAAAAAAAUGCACCAGCUAUUGCUGUAAGCAAGUUUUCGUUGUCACCCACAACACCACAGGAAUUAUCAUCGAUACAACACAAUGAAAAGCUGCAUGCAACUACAAGGAAGAGAAACCUAAAUGAUAUAUUCAUGGAUAACCGAGUGCAGAUGCAUCCACUGGAGAAACUUUCCUUUGGUUUAUUCUUACCAUCACCAUCCACCAUAGGCUCGGGAAGAACCAACCAUCAUAGUCACAGCCAUAAAUCCCAGAGUGGGAAAAGUCUUAGUGUGCCACUUUUCGAUCGCAAAAAGUUGGAGAGCUUGAGAGUUCAAGAAGAGGAAGAUGUUGCAAUGGAGGAAGACUUGGCCAAAGAGCCACUGACACCAGGAAAACAAAUUAUUGAUGAUGUGAAAAUUAAGCAAUGGCAUGGAAAACUGUUUAAUAAAUAUGAUUUGGACAGCUCCGAUGGUGAGGAAGAAGAAAAAGAAAAAGGAGAAGAAAACGAAGAGAAAGCUAGGGAAAAAGAACAAGAUUUUGCAGAUGGACGGAUCAUGACUUUGGAACAGACUAAACGUAUACCUCGUGCCCGUUUACCUAACCCCUUCUUGGAAGAUACCAAGGAGAAGCAAAUGAACAAGAAAUUGGAUAGAGAAAUACGGGAUGAGAAAACGACGGUUAAUUACAAUACACAUAUGGAGCUAUACAAUAACAAAACCGGGGAAAGAAAAGUCUUGAAGUUGACAAAAAGUCAGAUGAAGUAUAAGCCCAAGAAAUUGACAUUUGAAGGACUUUAA